GAGAGGGGCCAUGCCCUGACGGCGGGGCGGGAGCGGGGGCGGGCGCCUCUCGGAGCUCUCGGCCGCUGUGGCGGGGCGCGGGCGGCGCUGCCAUGGCGCUCUCCGCUGGCCCCCUCAAGGUCUGCAUCGUGGGCUCGGGCAACUGGGGUUCUGCAGUUGCCAAAAUAAUAGGUAAUAAUGUAAAAAAAUUGCAGAAGUUUGCUCCCACAGUGAAUAUGUGGGUCUUCGAGGAGAAUAUUAAUGGGAGAAAACUGACAGAUAUCAUAAAUACGGAUCAUGAAAAUGUAAAGUAUCUCCCUGGAUGCAAGCUGCCAGAUAAUGUGGUUGCUAUCCCGAACCUUCGUGAAGCGGUACAGAAUGCAGACUUGCUGGUUUUUGUCAUUCCUCAUCAGUACAUCCAUAAAGUCUGUGAUGAAAUCACAGGACAAGUACCCACGAAAGCGCUCGGCAUAACUCUCAUAAAGGGAAUAGAUCAAGGCCCGGAGGGACUCAAACUGAUCUCUGACAUUAUUCGAGAGAAGAUGGGAAUAGACAUCAGUGUGCUGAUGGGAGCUAACAUUGCCAAUGAGGUGGCAGCAGACAAAUUCUGUGAAACCACAAUAGGCUGCAAAAUCUUGGAAAAUGGCCUUCUCUUCAAAGAACUCCUGCAGACUCCAAACUUCCGAAUAACUGUAGUAGAUGAUGCAGAUGCAGUUGAGCUGUGUGGUGCUCUGAAGAAUGUUGUAGCAGUAGGAGCUGGUUUCUGUGAUGGCCUUAGCUACGGUGACAAUACCAAAGCUGCUGUUAUUCGCCUUGGCCUAAUGGAGAUGAUCGCCUUUGCCAAAGUUUUUUGCAAAGGACAGGUUUCUACUGCCACUUUCCUGGAGAGCUGUGGCAUUGCUGAUCUCAUCACAACGUGUUACGGUGGCCGGAAUCGACGUGUAGCAGAAGCAUUCGUUAAAACUGGAAAGUCUAUUGAAGAAUUAGAGAAAGAAAUGUUGAAUGGUCAGAAACUCCAAGGACCACAGACUUCUGCAGAAGUGUAUCAGCUCCUGAAGCAGAAAGGAAUGCUAGACAAGUUUCCACUCUUCACAGCUGUGUAUCAAAUCUGCUAUGAAGGGAGACCUGUUAAAGACAUAAUAUCCUGCCUUCAAAAUCAUCCAGAGCACAUGUAAAAUCCAUCAGGCUGUUGUACUAAUGCAGCUUUCUGCCUUUUGAAUUGGUGUCUGGGUUCAUGUGGAUGUAGCUGUCAUUAAGCUUUGUUCAAAGCUGCUCUUGGGCAACAGGAACAAGAAGAAUGUCUGUGAGCGGGUGUCGGUGUUGGUUCCCCAGCCUGGUUUGACACAGCACGCGGUGUUGGCUUGGUGAUCAUCCUUUUGCUGGCUGACAUGCAACUCUUCUGAGAUACACAAUACAACAGUUGCACUACAUGCCUGGUCUAUAUAUACACAAAGUGUACUUUGAGUUUGCUCCUACACCAUAAAACACAAUGCUUUUUUGUCUCCUUGUAAAGCCUGGUCCAAAAUCCGCUGGCACAUUGGGAAGAAUCCCAGUGGUUUUGAUCAGAGGCUGAAUCAAGCGUGUAACCUUGAAAUAUUAGGAAUCUGUUAGAACUUUGCUUUAUUCUGUAUACACAAUUAAAUGUUAACAUUUUGCAUGCUUAUGACUAUAUUAAUUUAAGCAAUGUUAAUGCAAAACAAGUUGUAGCAGUUAUUCAUGGGGCUACAGGGGUAUUUCAAUGAAGAAUAUUUUGAUUUUUGAAAGUUGUUGAAAUUGUCAAGCUACUUUGAAACCAAUUUCUAAGUGAAUUUAAAGUUUUUAAUUACACUGUUUUAAAGGGAAUAUUCUAGAGGGGGAUCAUUGCCACCCCUUCUGUUUUUUAAUCCUUGCAUUUUUGUAUUUCUCCCUUACUAUUCCUUUGUGUUAGGCUCUUCAGAAUCCCAUUCCCCAAAGCAAGCCAGAGGUGUUGACCUGGAGGUUCCGAACCCUAGAGCCUACAGUUCAUUUUAUUGUUUUACCUGUGGUUGUUCUUCACUGCUGCUGUUGGUUGGGUGAUGAAGAACAGCCUUGGGUAUCCACUGCUCCAAGUUGUUCUGCUGUGUUUUUAGCUUAGCUGCAAAGGGUUGGGCUCCACACAGCGCUCCAAGGACUGCCAGGGGAAUUCCCUGGUACAGCACGUGCUUGUGUCCUCAGGAGGGUUGUGGCCAGUACGAUGACUGCAUUCAUUUCACUGCCUGCCAGUCACUGGCACGUCCCCUGGGCUGUAGUCCUGAUCCAGCCUCCCCAGUUCUGGAGUUACUCUUUCACUGGACAAAACUUUUACGGGUGCUGAAUCAAAUCCUUUACAACUAAUCUCCCAGAAAGCUUCUCAAGGCAUCCAUCUCUUUUAUUCCCCAGGGAUCUCAACUAGGUUUUUUUCAGAAACCUUUGUUUUAUCAGGGAGGUUAAUUUUAUUUGUUAUUGGAAAAUUUGUGAUUUUAUGAAGUUUAGGGGUGGGGGGGUUGGUUUGGUUGGUCUUUUUAGAUUUAUUUUUUUUUAAGAUUGAUGCAAGAGAAGAUAGAUAAGUAAAAUCUGUUUUGCUUUUCUUGUAUACUUAAGUGUGGGGUGGGGUUUUUGUGAAAUAUAUGCUAGGCACAUUAAGAGUGGACUCCUUCUUCAAACUAGGAGAUAAGGGUAGGCAUUAGAAUUUAUAGAACGAGACUGCCCAUCUGCUCUGAAUGUCCAUGCCUAACAUCUGAGCAGUAUCAGAACUGGUGUUCACUGUUCUCAGUGGUGGUUUUAGACCAGGAAUCAUGAGCACCCAUCCUGAAACUUCAGGUUAUCUUUCCAAAUUUGCUAAAGAGGAUGCCUGGGAAUAACUGUCAUACUUACAUAAUCUGGAUUACUCUGAAAUAGGGAAGCUUUGGGACAACUUUGUGUAGACAGGAAGACCCUUCCCCUUAGGGGUACCAUUUUUUUGUGCUCCUGUAUUAUUUUGAAUUAAUAUUUGAAAGAUCUCAUGAAUGUCCUCAGAUAUUCAGGGAUGUGAAGAGUUAUUUUGCCUUACUUCUGAUUUAGUGCUAAACAUAAGAGAUGGCCGUAAGUUAAGUGACAUCAGACAUUUUUGGCAGUUGGGAACAUCAGUGGUUGAGCUGACUCUGAGCAAGCACUCUGCUUAGAUGUUUAAGAGGAUGUUUUAAGGUUGGAAGCACUGUUAUGCUAACGCACACAUGGAGCAUACACUCCUCAUUACUGCAUAACUUUCAGUGUGUUUGCUUAUGCUUUGUUUUGUUCUGUUUUUGUUUUUUUUAAUACCAAAUUGGUGGCUUUUGCUUUGUAUGUGUACAUAUACAUUCUAUAUAUAAACUUUUUUUUUUUUUACAUGCAGUAUGUAGGACAGUAGCAUUUUGUAAGAUACAUAAAGGGCUAUAUGAGCUAAAUGUGGUAAAUUAAUAUAUAUUUUUAAAUUAUUUCUUUAUUAUUCCAAUACUACUUCUACCACUGAAAGUCUCAAAUCUUAAUUGUUCUUGUUUUGUAGAGAAGCUUGUAUUCUAAGGCAAAUCCAGAGAAAAGGUUCUUAUGGAAUUCUUUCCUCCAGUCUGUUACAAUAUUCUUUUUUUCAGACAAAAAUUGAGGUUUCAAUAACUAAAAUAACUAAAAUAGUUUAUUUAAAUUUCUAUUGAUAGUUCAUUAUUUGCAUUUGCUUUUUAGUGCUGGAGAACACUCAGCUUGGCACUCUGUAUUUUUUCCCCCACUAAUAUUUACUGGUCAUUAAAAGACUGUGACAUGGUACUGGAAUUGAAUGAGCCUGCUCUGCAAACACUCUGUUUUGCCUAGUGCUGGGAUAGUCUUACUGAAAUCAUUAACCCCUGUGUAAGGGGUUCAUAAAUUUGUAACUAAUUCUUGGGUUAUGAACUUCAAUUGCUAAGGAAGGCAUUACAUUCUAAUGAUACUUACUCAACUUGCCCUCAUCAUAUGUACUGAUUUUGUUUAGAGAUGUUGAAUGUAUACCUGUUUGAAGAGUUAGUAGAAAUAAACAUUUUUGUCUUGGGAAUCAA